CAAUAACAACUAGAGUACGUCUUUGUAAAGUGUAAGACACUUUUCCUUCAAACCAAAUCAUUCUCAAUUCCUCCAGCACCGGAAUCGAGCACUUCUUCAAACAUGCCACUCACAACCCUCCACCUCAUCGCAUUGGCACCCAACGCCACAAUCCCUCAAUACCUCCGCGCUCUCAAAUCAUACUCUCUCAAACCACUCGUCACAUCCAAAGUCGUCCGCUGGAUCAUCAAGCCCGAAAAGCUCUCCACGCAUCUUCUCAAUACACACUGGGAUCUACUCAUCAUACUACCCGCUUCCUCACAGAUUCCAGACACAUACCUCGGCGAUGACUGGGUCAACCAACACUGGAGCAUUACAGCCGGCGUCCCAUCCGCAAUCCUGAAAGAUUUCCCUCAGAAGAACGACAAAUUACUUCAUCCUCAGCAAGGCGAUGUACCCGAACUCACAGGCUCGCUAUCGAAGCCCAAAAUGGCGAAUUCGAGUCAAGGGUUGGAGUUGAAUGAUGAUGUGUUGUCUUGGAGUCAGUCAUUUGAAUUGGGACAGAAUGGUGCUGUGAGCAUGAUGAAUUUGUUGUCGUUCAAGCCAGGACGGGAAGCGCAUGAGAGUUAUUUGAAGUAUGGAAAGGCGUUUGGGGAGAGUAUCGGGAAGAAGAGAGGUGGGAAUGCGAAGAUUGUGGGGAAAGUUGUGCCGGAUCAGAAGACGCAUGGUGAGGAUAGGUAUGGAUGGGAUGAGAUUGCUUUGGCACAUUAUCCGAGUAAGUAUCUCUGAAUUGGUCUAUGAUGCUGUGCUUGGUGUAGAAGGCUGACUUGUCGAUUUAGGUAUCCGCCAUUUUACCGAUAUGCUGGCGAGUGAAGACUACCAGAAGGUGAACCACGAGUCGAGAUUGCCGGCGCUGCGGGAUACGUGCAUUCUGUGCACGACUGAACUGGAUCCGGAGCUGAGCACCGAAAAAGCAAGACUCUGAGUAGGCCAUGAUUUCAAGCUGUAAAUGCAGGUCAGCUGUGUUGCAUCGUUCGAAGUCGAGUGAGCACUCACGCCCGC